UCAUUAAGAGCGCAACAAAGCAAACACCAUUAGCACAAUGAAAUUCGCCAUCGCUGUUGUCUUCACCCUGGCCCUCGCCAUGGGCGUGCAGUCCUCGGUCAUUCCGUUGAUCUCUCAGCUGGCUGGUCACGGUCUGUCCUAUACGGCCGUUGCUAAUCCCGUGCUGGCUUCUCCCUGGGGCGUACCUGCCGCUCAUUGGCCCGCCGCUGUCUCAGUUGGCUCCUGGCCGCCAGCAGCCCAUGGCCCAGCUCUGAUUGCUGGUCACGGCGCCGCCGUGGUGGCUCCCCAUGCACCCGCUGUGGUUGUCGCACCCGUUGCCCACGAGGGCGUCUAUACCGCACAGACCCGUGGUGCCGUCCACACCGCUCCGCUGUCCGGUCACAUUCAGUCCGUGGCUUCGAUCAAUGCUGCUCCCGCUCCCGGCACCAUCUAAUUAAGGAUUUUUCGGCAAUUGAUGCGCCCCAAAUGGAAGUGAAUAUGUUAAUGAAAAAUGUUGUAAAUACUUGUAUGUAUAAACAGGGUACUCGCACCGGCCAUCUAAAUUUUAAUUUUGAACGCACUCGCUAAAAUCUCGCUCGCUCUAUUUAUUCAAAAGCCAUUUUCGUAACAAAAUGAAACAAAAAAA